AUGACCUUUACGGGCCGUCCUAUUCGCAUCGCAGGUGCCUCGGGCUCUGCUUCAGACCGUCGCCAUGCGAUCGCUGAAUUCGCAUGCCACCACCCUACCGACCCGGUGGAUGUAAUUAUCGCGGAUUUCAUGAGCGAGUUCAACAUGGCCACCGCUGCGGGCCGGCGCGUGGACCAGGCGACUACGCAGACGGCACCGGCGUACGACCUGUCCUUUCUGGAGGCACUCAAUCCCGCCCUGGACGAUCUGGCCAGACAUGGUAUAAAGUUGGCUGUCAAUGCCGGCGUCACGGAUACCAAGGGGCUUUACGAGGUGGUGAUGAAGAUGGUACAGGCGAAGGGGUUGGACCUGAAGGUAGCCUGGGUUUCGGGAGAUGAGGUACUCCCCGCGGUUCAGCAAUCUCUCGCUGCUGGUCAAUCCGACUUUCGCAAUGUCUACACGGGCGAACGACUUGCUGAUUGGUCGUUCGAGCCCAUCUACGCGCAGUGCUACCUAGGCGGGUUGGGGAUCGCCGCUGCAUUCGCCGAGGGUGCGGACAUCGUCCUUUGCGGACGAGUUUCAGACGCAUCCCCUGUAAUCGGAGCUGCUUAUUGGUAUCAUGGCUGGCGACGGGAUGAGCUAGACAAGUUGGCCAAUGCGUUCGUCGCCGGUCAUCUCAUCGAAUGCAGCAAUUAUGUCUGCGGAGGCAACUUUACCGGCUUCAAGAUAUUGGAGCAUGGCGGCGAUGGCUGGGCGAACAUUGGAUAUCCCAUCGCCGAGAUAUCUGCCGAGGGAGACGUAGUGAUCACCAAACAGGCGCACGCUACCGGGGGCGCCGUCACGGUCGAUACCUGCACCUCACAGUUGCUAUAUGAAAUCCAAGGACCUUGGUAUUAUAACUCCGACGUCACCGCGGUCCUGGAUGGAAUCCACUUCGAGCAGCGGGGUAUCAACCGGGUUGCCGUUCGAGGCGUCCGUUCGGGCCCACCGCCGCCAACCACCAAGGUUGGCAUUACCGCGCGUGGAGGAUUCCAGGCGGAGGCGUGGUGGUUCUUGACGGGACUGGACAUCGAGGCCAAGGCGCGAAUGCUUGAGGCGCAGGUCCGCCGGGGGCUCGCUCCGUACGCGGAUCAGUUCUCGGUCCUCAAAUUUGACUUGCUAGGCACCCCCAUGUCGGAUCCGCACGAUCAGAACCGCGCCACGGCCCCUUUGCGGAUUGUCGUGCAGGCGCGGCGAGCCGAGGAUCUGGCGCCCACCAAGUUCCUCAAGCCCAUUACGGACAACAUCAUGCAAGGUUACCCGGGGGCCACCUUUCAUCUGGACUUACGCCAGGGGUUUCCCCGCGCCAUCUUUGAGUACUAUGUGACUCUGUUGCCACAGUCUGCCGUGCAGCACCGGGUCCAUCUGCCGUGGAAACCCACCGCGGACACGCAGAUGCUCGACAUCGCACCCCCACCACGUUCGAAAACGUACCCAUCCCGACAGCCUUCCCAGGCAGUAACACAUCACGACCAGCCCAUCGACCUGACUCAUGAUUUUGGACCCACGGCCCGUGGUCCAUUGGGAUGGAUUGUGCACGCGCGCUCCGGCGACAAGGGCUCGGACGCGAAUUGCGGGUUCUGGGUGCGGCACCGCGACGAGUACCUGUGGCUGCGAACGUUGUUGUCUGUGGAGAUGGUGCGUCAGCUGCUGGGUGGUGAAGCAUCCCGCCGGCCGCCAUUGGAGAUUGAACGAUUUGAGCUGCCGGCCCUGCAAGGCGUGCACUUCCUUUUCCGCAACCUAUUGGACCGCGGGGUCGGGGUCACGACGACCGUCGAUUUCUUGGGGAAGAACGUGGCGGAAUUCCUGCGAGCGCGGCAUGUUGAUCUGCCUGUGCGGUUCCUGAAUCGGGGCAAGCUGUAG